UCAGAUAUGACAAUCCUACACGUCUGUAUAGUCAUUGUGGGAUUCGUCGUUUCCCAACAAAGGGUCAACCAACCAAUGCUAAGGUUAUCGCAAGCACCAAGCGAUGAAUACACAAAAAAUCGGGGAUGGACAAAAACUGCAAUACAACGGAUGUGGCAAGAGCGAGAAAAGAUGUCACACACGCCGCUAUUUAAAUUCAGUUAUCCCGGCCAACCGAUGGUAGAUAUUAUAUUCAAAAACGAAUCCGCAUCAAGGACAGGAUCAGUAAAACAUCGCUUUGCAUGGUGUCUUAUGAUGUGGGCACUUAUAGAAGGGCACGUCAAGAAUGGCACUAACGUAUAUGAAGCAUCAUCCGGAAAUGCGGCCGCAGCACUUGCCUACAUGUGCCAUUUACUACAUAUUCCAUUUACAGCCUUAGUUCCUGACACUAUAGAGGAUAUCAAAGCGAGACAUAUCGAAGAAUAUGGCGGCAAAGUUGUAAAGGUUCCAUUCGGAGAAAGUUUGGUCCGAGCACGACAAAUGGCAAAAGAAAACGGUGGAUUUUUUAUGAAUCAAGAUGGCGCUGGUGACAAAGCUGAGGAAUUCCAUGAAAGUGGAAACUUUUCACUCGAGUCGGUGAAUUUGUUCCAUGAGAUGCUGAUGCAACUAAGUACCGACGACACUCAAAAUGUGAUAAUUCCGCACAUUUUCGUACACUCAGCUGGAACAGGCGGUACGAUAUCCUCAAUUGGACGAUAUGCGAAAAAAUAUGGACUCAACACUGAAAUAGUUCUCGCCGACACACAAUUUUCGGUUUACUAUGACUAUGUAAUGCACGAUAGAUUCAAGAACGAAUCCGGUGACAGCCUAUGGGUGGAGCCAGGAAUGGCAGUUAUUGGCUAUGAACCAAUGGGAGUGGUAAGGAUAGGCGAAACAACAAGUUUGGAUGCUGCUGUAAUCGAUCGAGUCAUCAAAAUACCCGAUAUCGCUGGCACCGCAGCCAUGCGAGUGCUACGAGAUCAAGGAGUUUCCGGCGGCACCAGUACUGGAGUAAAUUUCCUUGCCUCGCUACAUAUUGCUUCUACAGCAAAAAAGCCGGUGAAAGAACGAUUGACUAUAGCAACGAUUCUGGGUGAUCCAGGUCACUACUACGAUGCAACUUAUUACAAUCGAGAAUGGAUAGGGCGGAAGUUCGCGAAGCACGGUGGACUGAAAGCAUAUGAUUGCUGGUAUUCUGUGAUCUCAAAAUGUCUAGAAUCAGGCGAAGAUCCACUAUUUCUCGGAAGCAAGCAAUGUUCUAAGGGAGUAUUCUGAACGACAAACGCUCAGCGACUAAUGUGAUAUAAAUCUAGUCAUUCUUCAUUAACAUUUAUACACCAUCUAACAAUUCUGUGCUGAACAAGAUGAAUACUACAGGAAGUGAAGCUGAAGAUAACAAUGUUCUCCGAAAUUUGUAAAACAUCAAAAAGUGAACAACGCUUUGACU